AUGCUCUCUCACGAGAUGGCCUCCACCGCACAUCGACAGCCCUCCCGGCCCACGACGAGACAGCGACAACGGACAGGAAGAGCGUGCGAGGAAUGCCGGCGACGCAAACUACGCUGUGACGGACAGCAACCGCGGUGCGGAGUUUGUGUGGAUUCGGGUGUAACCUGCGAGGUCAACAGCCAACGGCGGCCUAGGGGCCCGAAGAAAGGCUACCUGACGGCGUUGAGGAAUCGAGUCGCGAUGCUCGAGACGCGUCUGCCGGCCCAGCAUCUCGUUGGGCCCUUGUCCGAGUUCAACCCAUUGUCAACUCCCCUGACCAACGACCAUCAUGAUGGCUGCAGUGUCUCCAGCGCGUCGAGCCGUUCCGACUCGAAUCCGCCUCCAACGGUCUCCGAGCCAGACAUGUCAUUGCCGAACACGACGACGAGUGUCAGUUCGGCUCCGUCGUUCGCGACGUGCAGCAAGGACAUCGGUGGAGCUGAACCGAUAACGGAAUUGGUGCAGGCAGAAUUAAACCAACUGUACUUUGAUCGAGUUCACCCGUCCAUCCAGAUACUUCACCAGCGUCGUUAUCUAGGCUGGGCCAGAAAUGCCGCGAAGAAGACAUCUCGCCGAUGUCUGCAGUACGCGGUAUGGACGCUGGCGUCCCUCCUUUCCGCGCAAUUCCAACAUCUUCAAGACUCCUUCUACCAGGAAACAAAGCGGACGUUGGAAUUCUCCUACCUGUCGGGCGACUCGAAUGCCCCGGUUGACACGGAAGAGAUCCAAGCAUGGAUCUUGAUCGCAACGUAUGAGUCAAUGCGGACUUUCCAUCGCUCUGCGUGGAUGAGUGCCGGACGCGCGUUUCGUCUGGUGCAGUUAAUGCGACUUCAUGAAAUCGACAGUCCUACGAAACCCCCAGUGCCCGAGGCUGACCUGGUCGAGACAGAGGAAAAGCGCCGGGUGUUCUGGAUGGCCUAUUUCUUGGACCACCUGCUCAGCAUGCGUAAUAAUUGGCCGAUCACCUUGAACGAGCAUGUGAUCUGCACCCGUCUUCCAGCCCCGGACAUGGAAUUCCAGAGCGGUCAGCCGGUGCUAGGUGCCUUCCUGUCGGAAGCGAUCAUGGACGUUAUGCCGCAGACAACAUCGCCAUUCAACGAAUGCGUGAUCCUAGCUACCAUCUGCGGCCGCAGCCUGUUUCACGCUCAGCAAUACAGUGUUCGCUUUGUGUACGGCGAGUUGGCUCCCAACUGGACCGAUCAGCACCAGUGGCUGGACAACGUCCUUACCAACCGGCUUCAGAUUCUCUCCCAGUACUACCCAUCGCCAACCCAAAUCUGCGAUCCAAUGCUCUCGUUCGCACACAUCAUGGGACAGGCGAGUGUGAUUCAUCUCUACAAGGGUAUGGCAUCGGUGGUGUGGGCAGUCGACGACGGAGCUUGGGUGGUGGAAUAUCAACGGCGCGCCCUAAGUGCAGCGCAGGAGAUCGUCAAGCUAGCAAAAGGGCUGACAGAGUUCAACUUCUUCAAGGUCCAUCCCCUCAUGCCCAUCCCAUUGUUGCUCUGCGCCGAAUUUCUAUACAGUAAUCGAGGAUCGGAUGCGGCAUUUAACUCUCUGCUUCAAGAGCUCCUGCAGAUUUUCCGUCAACUCAAAAAUGCCAACGAUCCAAGUCGAAGUUAUAUACAUUUAUUAGAGCUCUCAUGUACCACAGCGUCGAUGAGCUUGGUAAGAGAACACUCUAAUGCACCAUGA